GAACCUUGUGGGUUUUGUUGUUAUUGUUUUUAACCCCCUUGUGAAGGGAAGAUCGUAACCCCGAUAGAGUAGGUGUUUCUAACCAGACUCUAGCGCUUUGAGCUGCAGCUAAUCGAGGACUUGGGAAGGGUGAAAAUCCACCCCAACUGCUCAGGUGCUGGCAUGCAGUGUGACCUGCAGCAGUUGCAACAGAGACCAGGCAGGAGGCAAGAGGUGGCACCUAGGCUGACACUGAAAAGAAUAUAAUGUGGAUGGACUGAACAGCCUCUGUGGAUAUUCCCUCAGGCUGUUUCUGAUACUUGGAAGCUAUCAUUUUAGCCACAAAGAUGGUAAUAAAUCUUUGCCUCCCACAAUUCAGACCAAGAAUUCACUGCAACAAGGUGUCAGCUGAUGGUUAUGAAGUGGAAAAUCUCAUCUCUGAAGACUUCAUAAAGCGAAGCCGUGGCUUUAGGACAGAGUAUUUCAUUAGGCCACCAGUCUAUGUGACAGUUUCCUUUCCCUUUAAUGUGGAAAUCUGUAGGAUUAACAUAGACCUCUCAGCUCGGGGAGGCCAGAAUGUCACUGGCCUGGAAAUAUAUACAUCUGUCUCAUCUAGCAGAACCUCUUGGGACCCACACGAAUGCCAGACUACAGGCACGAUGGCGCCAUCUGCCCCAGAGAAGGAGGCGUUCACCUUGGUAGGCAAAGUCUUACUGAAAAACCAGAGCCAAGUGUUAUUUAGCCACAGGGGCUUCAAGGCCAGGCCGCCUUUUAGCUCAAUGGAAGUCACUCUCCCCUCUCCUACUGUUGUGGCCCAGGAACUCUGGAAUAAAGGGACUUUUUCCCUUAGCCAUGUGGCCCACCUCAAGAUCUGUAUUACCCAUGUGACAGGCAGUGCCAUCUCUUGCAUCAAGCAUUUAGAGGUAUGGGGUCAGCCAGCCAAGACCUGCUCUCAGGAGGUGAUAAAUAAUGUCUUGCUAGUAGCUUCAGAGAACCUGCCUCAGAACUUGGGUCUGCACACUCCAGCCUUACCCAUGGAGAGUGACUGUGACCCUGGGGGUCAGUCUGAGGGCCAGCAGGCUCCCUGUAUCUUGCAGGAGCUGACUGAGGUGAUUCACGAUGUGCCAGAGGAGUUCCUGGAUCCCAUAACCCUAGAGAUCAUGCCCUGCCCCAUGCUGCUGCCCUCAGGCAAGGUCAUUGACCAGAGCACUCUGGAGAAGUGUAACCUCAGCGAAGCUGCUUGGGGCCGAGUGCCUAGUGACCCUUUCACAGGGGUAGCCUUUACUCCACAGUCUCGGCCCCUACCCCAUCCUUCCCUGAAGGCCCGGAUUGACCAUUUCCUGCUCCAGCACUCUAUUUCUGGCUGCCACCUGCUUGGGAGAGCACAAAGUACAUCAACAGUGACUCCUUCUAUCAUUGCCCUGCCUUCAAGGAAAAGGAAGGUAGAGCAGGCUGAACACACUCCCGACAACAGACUUGACAUGAAUGCUUCCUCUGGCUCACCCACUACCUCAGAGCCCACUGCAAAGAAAAUGAAAGCCCCCAGUGAGCUCAGCCUGAUGCACAUGGACUGUUCAACAGCAGGUCCUAUGUCCCAUGAACAGAAGCUGUUACAAAGCUUGGAAAUUGCCUUGACUUCCACCCUUGGCUCCAUGCCCUCCUUUACAGCCCGGCUCACCAGGGGACAACUCCAACAGCAGGACACACAAGGGAAUAGUGCUUCCAGGAGGCCAGACACCAACUCCGAGCAGCCCAGGAGUGUUGCUGGCCUAGCGUGUGCCUCCUGCAAAAGAGCAUUUUCUCCCUACUUCAGAAAGGAGCCCGUGUAUCAGCUGCCCUGUGGCCACCUUCUGUGCCGACCCUGCCUGAGUGAGAAGCAACGUUCCCUGCCCAUGAUGUGCACAGCUUGCCAGCAGCCAGUCACCAGCCAGGAUGUGCUGCGGGUCCACUUCUGAGUGACCAGCCUCAACCAGAGAAGCCCCAUUGCUGGCAAGAGCUGGGGAUAGGGAGAGCAAGAGCAGGAUCCCAGUGCCUCUGUAGCCUGGUUUGUGGCAGGCACGGACCUGCCUUUUCUCUCCUGGGCCUUAGCACCUCAUGGUUGUAAUACAGGGAUUGGGUUGGGACACUGCUCCUGCUCAAGCAGCAAAAGGAUAAUAAAGCCAUAGGCUGGGCUGGGGGAGAGAUCCCUGCUCUCCCUGUCCUCCCUUGCCGCUUCCCAACCAGAGCCAGCCCCAACUGAGCAGAAGCACCCCUCCUGAGGGCUCCCAGGUUACCUGUAUUCAGACCCUUCUAGCAGGGCUUUGUGGAUAGAGCUCAGUGGACUGUGACUUGGGACUUCACACAGCCUUCUCUGCCUUGGGGUCACUGAGAAGUGGACUAUAGUAGGGGUUGUAGAGCACAUGACUGAGCCACCUGUACCCCCACCUCUGCAGACACUUGGAGCCUUAAUAAAGAGAUAGUUGACA